GGUUUGGCAACCAACUACGUGUCAUCGCCGUUUUGCCGACAACACUCCUCUCGGAUUUUUUUCCAUUCCAAAAAGUCUCGCCGCGAUCGAAAGAGUGCCGGACGGACGGAAGAAAAGUGCAGUUUUUCCGGUUUCUAAAAUGACCAUCUCCUGCUAGGAAGGGUGGUCCAGUGGGAAAAGUGUGAAAGUUACAUUAAACGGACGAGAAUCGGCGGAUUUUUGUUUUCGUUCCGGGUGGAGAGUGAAAAGUUUUCGGAACGACUUGUGGGGAGAUUUGGAAGUAAUACUGGAAUAAGGGGCAGGGAAGGAAGGAAAAAUGAAUCGACCGGGCAAGAUAAACUAUCGGAAGACGGCCGGCUACUCGAGCUUGAUCACUUUCGCGGUGCUGCUGUUGGCCUGGCUGUGCGGAUUCUCCAGCCGGUUGUUUGCCGUGAUCCGCUUCGAGAGCAUCAUCCAUGAGUUCGAUCCUUGGUUCAACUACCGCGCCACGGCGCACAUGGUCGAGAAUGGGUUCUACAAGUUCCUGAACUGGUUCGACGAGUCGGCCUGGUACCCGCUGGGUCGUAUCGUCGGUGGAACCGUCUACCCCGGGCUGAUGAUCACCUCCGGCGGAAUCCACUGGCUGCUGCACACGUUGAACAUUCCGGUGCACAUCCGGGACAUUUGCGUCUUCUUGGCACCGAUCUUCAGCGGCCUGACGGCCAUCUCGACGUAUCUGUUGACCAAGGAGUUGUGGUCCGCGGGGGCUGGACUGUUUGCCGCUAGUUUCAUCGCUAUCGUUCCGGGAUACAUCAGCCGUUCGGUUGCGGGAUCUUAUGAUAACGAGGGCAUUGCUAUCUUUGCCCUCCAGUUCACCUACUACCUCUGGGUAAAGUCUGUCAAAACUGGAAGCGUCUAUUGGGCGGCAUGUGCCGCGUUGUCCUACUUCUACAUGGUUUCCGCCUGGGGAGGCUACGUGUUCAUCAUCAACCUGAUCCCUCUGCACGUGUUUGUCCUGCUCAUCAUGGGACGAUAUUCGCCCCGGCUGUUCACCUCCUACACCACGUUCUACAUCCUGGGCCUGAUCCUGUCGAUGCAGAUUCCCUUCGUCGGAUUCCAACCGAUUCGGACGAGUGAGCACAUGGCCGCUUCCGGUGUGUUCUUGUUGCUAUUCGCCGUGGCCGCCCUGAAGCAUCUCCAGACGGUCCUCUCCAAGCAGGAGUUCAAGAAGCUGUUCAUCAUCGGAGGUUUGGCCGCGGCUGGGGUCGUCUUCGCGGGGGUCGUCCUGCUGACCAUGUUGGGAGUCAUUGCUCCCUGGAGUGGUCGUUUCUACUCGCUUUGGGACACCGGAUACGCCAAGAUCCACAUUCCGAUCAUCGCUUCCGUAUCGGAGCAUCAGCCGACGACGUGGUUUUCGUUCUUCUUCGAUUUGCACAUUCUGGUUUGCACCUUCCCGGUGGGUCUCUGGUACUGCAUCAAGAAGAUCAACGACGAGCGGGUUUUCGUGGUUCUGUAUGCCAUCAGUGCCGUCUACUUUGCCGGAGUGAUGGUACGUUUAAUGCUGACGCUGACCCCGGUUGUUUGCAUCCUGGCCGGCGUCGCUUUCUCCGGACUGUUGGAGGUGUUCCUGAAGGAAGAUGUCACUCCGAACAGCAAGGAUGCCAACGAUUCCGAACAGGAAGAGACGGCCAGCGAGAAGAAGCAGCUGUACGACAAGGCCGGCAAGUUGAAGCACCGUCCGAAGCACGACAGCUCGGCUCACGGAGCGCACGGGGAGCAGAACGCCGGUAUGGGAUCGAAUCUGAGGAGCAUUGUUAUAGUGUCCAUUCUGAUGCUGCUGAUGAUGUUUGCCGUGCACUGUACCUGGGUUACGUCGAAUGCCUACAGCAGUCCCUCGAUUGUGCUCGCUUUCUACAAUAGCAAUGAUGGAACCCGCAACAUCCUGGAUGAUUUCCGUGAGGCUUACUACUGGCUGUGGCAGAACACCGCUCCGGACGCUCGGGUCAUGUCCUGGUGGGACUACGGCUACCAGAUAGCGGGCAUGGCCAAUCGAACGACACUGGUGGACAACAAUACGUGGAACAACAGUCACAUCGCGCUGGUGGGCAAGGCCAUGUCCUCGCCGGAGGACAAAGCGUACGAGAUCAUGACCUCGCUGGAUGUGGACUACGUGCUGGUGAUCUUCGGGGGUGUGAUUGGGUACAGUGGGGAUGACAUCAACAAGUUCUUGUGGAUGGUUCGGAUUGCCGAGGGAGAACACCCGAAGGAUAUACGGGAGAGCGAUUACUUUACGGAUCGGGGUGAGUUCCGAAUCGAUGCUGAGGGAGCUCCGGCUUUGCUGAACUGUCUGAUGUACAAGCUGAGUUAUUACAAGUUCGGAGAGCUGAAACUGGAUUAUAGAGGUCCAGCCGGGUACGACCGCACCCGGAACGCCGUCAUCGGGAACAAAGAUUUCGAGCUGACCUACCUGGAGGAGGCGUACACGAGCGAGCACUGGCUGGUGCGCAUCUACCGGGUUAAGAAGCCGCACGAGUUCAACCGGCCGGCCCUCAAAGCUGACGAGCGGGUUGUUCCGGCCGGGGACUUUGUGUCGCGCAAAACCUCCAAGCGGAGGAAAGGUCUCAUCAAGAACCGUCCGGUCGUGGUGAAGGGAAAGCGGAACAAGUAGGCCCCCUAUCCCUCCUUAACCAAUCAUCGUUUGAUCCUACGAAUUCUACUUUACCAACCAACAAACCCUUAAUUAUCGACUGAGAGAGCGAACGAGCGGAGAAACAGGUGCGUGUAGUUCCAGACAGACGAAGGUAUGUCUUUCCGUGUGAUUCCGUUGGGUCUUGUGUGUAGAAAAGUCGGUUAGUUCUGUUUAGUUUUACUAAUGACAUUACCAUUCUCUGCUGCAUUGCUACUUUAUACCCUAGAAAGUAAUGCGAAGCAAAAGUUUUCCUCUCGUUGUUCGCUCGUGAAGGGCUAGUGCAUUUAGGAAUUCCUUUAUUCAUAGUUUCGUUUGUUAAUUUGUGCAAAACUUGGGCUAAAUGUUGCACCCGUUUGAAAAAAGAGAGAAAAUGCCAAAUUAUAUGAUCAUAAUCGUAAAAGAAGAAUUGGUGAUACAUACAACCUAUUGGUCUAUUGAUUAGUUUUUCCCAACACACACACACCACACUAGCAAAGGCUUGAAUUUUAGAAAUACAAAACCACAAUCGAAUCGCGUUAACCUAGGUUAAUAUCACAAACACAUAACUGAAUUUGCAUCGCACGUUUGUUUUAUGUUCUAGAACACGAAAGUCUUAUCUUUUGUUAGAGGUUGAAAUUCGUGCCGAACAGCAGUAUGCGUUCGACCCAUAUUGGCUCUUAUCUUGUGAAUCCGCAGUUCGAUAAACUUCAACAACAAGAUAACUUUCGAACAAUUCGUUGCACACCCAGUAAAUCAAAAUCAGGAAGGUGGAUUUAGUUCUUCUGGUUUACGAUAGGGAUUGUCCCAGAUAGUUCACAACCAGAGAAGAAAGAGCAAAGAAAACAACUAAACGUACGGGAGUGAAUGUGAAAAAA